ACUGGAAACAACCAUAAAAAGUGAUUCGUUCAGAUGUUUGCUGUGUGUUUAUUCAUCAGUUUUUGAAAUAGUUUUUUACGUGCGAAAUUCGGCGAAAUUAAUACAGAAAUAUAUUAAUAUACAACUGGCCAUUGAGGAUUGCGCAUUGCAAAGAAGUUAUUUUAUAUAAAAAUUGAUUGAAUUAAAACGGAAGCAAAAAACUCUGUGUGUGAACGAGAACGAAAAGGGUGAAGAACAAAUUUACCAAUUGUGAAAAAAAGCCAGGUCACGACCACGAAAGACGCGAAUCAUUCUCAGCUAUUCAUCUACGCUUUAUAAGUGUGUUUUGUCUACAUUCAUUUAUAUACGUGUGUGCAUAUAUAAUUUUCUGCUAGUUUUGUGAACGCCGAACUCGUUGCUUUCCGGCAUAAUAAACUUCAAAUAAGAAAAUAAAACAAGAACUUUUUGCACAAUAUAAAUUUUGUGAGGGAAAAACACAUAUACCCAAAUAAAUAUAAAAGUGUAUCAGCUGUGUAAAUGCAUUGCCUACUUUUAUAACCAAUCUCGUAUAUUGAAGAGUAGCUAAAGACGGAAAAUCAAUUUCCAAUUAACCUGAGAUUCCUCUUCAGAACAGCUGCAGCGUUCUAAUUAGAUUUCAAUCGAUUUUGGCGAGCACUGCAAAUUUUAUUGUUUUUGUUAACGUAUUCUCUUGUUGCUGCUGGCAGAUAUUAUUGGAUAUACUUAUAAGCAGAGUGAAACAGAAAAUUGAUCUCAGUCAAAUUAACGGAUCAGUCCAGUCCCAGUUGUUCAAAACGCACAAUGGCCGAUUAUUUCGAGGACAUGGGUCAUGAGCCGACUGGCGCCGAGGGUCCCAAUGAUUUCGCCAAACACUACAAACGUCUACAAGUGUUGGCCAUCAUGAAUGGCAUUGAUAUGGAAAUUGAAGUGCCCGAAGCAUCGAAACGCGCUAUCGCCGCGUUGCCGGAACAUGUGAUUAACGAAGCGGAUGUGACGCAGGAGCUGGAGUGUGCCGUUUGCAAGCAGCCUGCCGAAUUGGAUGAGAAAUACAAGAUUUUACCAUGUAAACAUGAAUUUCACGAGGAGUGUGUGUUGUUGUGGUUGAAAAAGGCCAACUCGUGCCCAAUGUGCCGCUAUGAGUUGGAAACCGAUGAUCCAGUCUAUGAGGAGCUCCGCGAAUUUCGUCAGGACGAGUCUAAUCGUCGUGAACGUCAAAAUUACAUGAUGGAUUCGAUGUUUUCAUAAAAGCAAGAAUUAUUAAAGAAAAAAUAAUAAUAAUAGUUGGAAAAAUAUUGUAGAGCUGGUGGGGGAGUUAAUAUUUACUAGGAAAAUUAUGGUUUUACUUUCUGAGGUUACUUCAAAAUAAAUUGAGAUUAAAUAUUGGAAA